CGCUCUCGUUUCGUUACACACGUUCCCCCCUCUCUUCGAGCGUGGAUAAAAAAGCAGAAAUCGCGGGAAUCUCGCGGGAUUGUUGUUUCCUUUUUUUUUUUGUGAAAGAUCGAGCACGACAGAUCGUUUCAAUAAAACACGGUUCGUCGAUCGAUGUUCUAAGGAAAGUCGAUGCUAUUUUCUUCUGCUUCUUCUUCUUCACGAACGACUUCUCAGCAAACGACAACAACGACGCUGAAGAUUCGCCUUGGACGCGAUCGUUACACGCGAAGAGUACAUCGUCUCGUCGACAAAGUAGUAGUGCGUUUCAACUGUGCGUUUCAAGCUACGGCUGAGUCUCCGAAACAUGAUCGUUUCUUGAUGUCGAAGCAAGUAGUGAAGAGAAUUGACGAGGGUGCUAUCGAUAUUACUAAAGGGAAAUCGUAAAAGCGUGUACUCUGGGAUCCACUGUGCAACAAGUUCGACAGCGAUUAAAGCCUAGCCAGCUUGGAGGAAAUAUAUACCAGUGACCGUAGAACUUCGAUCCUUUGUUUUUUUUUUUCGUUUUUUUCUUUCUCUUACCGAUACCUGAACCCAACGAUUUGAUAUCCACGUACGACGCGCUUAAUCAACCAGACGAAGAUGAAACCACCCGCGUACAAUGGCGAAGAAGUGCAACAGAUUUCUCCGGAACAAGGAGAGAGGAACGUGGCUAUGGCUGUUUGCGUGCAGUUGGCGGGCCGGGCGAUAAUCAGGGUAGUUUCCCGGUGCGAAGAGGCGCAGGACAAUUGUAAUCUAGAUCUAUCAGAAUGCCAAUUGAUGCAGGUACCUGAUGCAGUUUAUCACUUAAUGAGACACACAGAAUUAAAGAGAUGUGAUCUCUCUGGGAAUGUGAUAACAAAACUUCCUCCCAAGUUUGCAGUCAAGUUCUCAUUGAUCACUGAAUUGAACCUGAGUCACAAUCAAAUGAGUAAACUACCAGAGGAACUUUCUGAAUUGCAAGCUCUAGAAAGGUUGGACAUUUCUCAUAAUACUUUCAUUGCUUUGCCACCUGUUACAUGUCGGAUACCGCAACUGAAGCGGCUUCUUGCCAACAAUAAUUCGAUCAUUGAUAUAGAUGUCGAAAGACUCAGGCACGCACCAAUGCUGGAAUUUAUUGAUCUUCAAGCGAAUCCCCUGACGCCUAGGAUGUACGAUAUUCUGAACACUUUGACUCGAAUUAGAGUCGAAUUGACGCCUAGGCAAGUCGAAGAUUGGGAGGAUCUUACUAUUUGAAGCGAAACCAUAGCUCAAAGAAAAUAAUCAAAUCUGCCAAAGCGGCUGAUAAGCGUCGAAUAAUCGUUCCACGUGGACGUAGUUUGCUUCCAUUAUUCUUGACUGAGAUUGUUCGAAGAUUCGCAAACAAAUCGUUGCGCGAAUUAAGAACAGACGCAAGUAUUUUGUACAGUGACAAAAAAACGCAUACAACUGACUGAUAACAGGCGUGGCAGUGAGCGGCAACAAUCAUCGAGAAAUGCAACUAUUAUCAGUUGACGUUUCUGACGAUCUGUACUUAAUGGAUAGACUUGCCGCGUACCUGGAUCUUUCUUCAUUGAUCUCGUGAAUAGCGAUCAAUUGUCACUUCUUUUACUCUCGUUUUGUACUGUGUGGAUUUGUUUUAGAUUUUAUUUAAUCGCUCGCUCGUUUUGGCCGCGCAACGCUGUGAUCCGUGUACGAGUAAUAUCACGAGCUGCCGAUCCAAUUUACUACCACAUUUUUACUAACUCCAAAUAAGUUUCCUGUAAAUUUAAGAUAUGAUCUAUUCUUUUUUAUGCGUGGACUUGACAUAUUGUAACAUAUAUCGUGUAACAAAUCGUAACGACUGCCAAUCUAUAUAGGCGAUCGACUGCUGACAUCUUCGCCAUAAUCGAACAUUAUUUUUGAUUUUAUAAAACUUGCAGACAAAAAAAAAGAAUAAAAUGCGUAAUUAUAAAGGUAUACCGAAUUAAUACGUAAGGAAUUCACAACAAUUCUCCUCUGUUCAGAUACGUGUCGCAUAAUAAACUUGCAAGAAUUUUGCAAGACAGUUUGUAUUUAAUUUAUAUAAACAAUAUGUGUUAAUUAAAAUGUAUUAUGUAUUAAUUGUAAUGUAGCUCUGUGUACAUGCACAACAGGUAUCAGAAUGUAUUGCUCUGUAUUUCUGAUCUAGUCAAUUGUCCGCGAAAUAUUACAAUACACUUUAAGAAACACACUCCCUUUUUUAUUUCCACCAAUUCACAUCCUCUUUAAGUUGCUCGAAGAAGAAAAAAAAAAAGAACUAUCGUGUAUCUGGAGGAAUGAUAGAUGGAUUCGCACUCGCAGUCACAAAAAAAAAUACGCUCAACCACGUUGUAUUGGUUUAGUAGCUAUAUUUUUUCAAUAUUAAUAAUAAUAAUUAAACGUAUAAUGAGUCACGGAGUUAAUUAUCUACAAUACUUGUUCAUGGAUAUAAAAUCACAAAAUAUACAUA